UCCUCCCUCGGCUCCUCUGCUCAUCCUCCUCUGCUUGCUGCUCCCGUCUGCCUGCGCGUGUGUGCAAGGAGCUGAAAGCGAGGGAGUUUCGAUUUCGAUGGGGGCGCAGAGGUUUAGAUUCUUCUGCUGCGGCUGCGGGGCCAAUGCGGCCGCCAGCGACAUGGAGGUCGACGAGGAGGCGGACUGCGCCGGGACCACGGUGCCCGAGGGAGGAGGCAAAGGGGCCGACGGGACGACGCGGCAGCUUUCAUGGCCGCAGGUGGAGCGGAUGACGGGCGGGUUCACCUCCGCCGUUGUUGGCGAGGGCGGCUUCAGCACCGUCUACCUCGCGCGCCUCUCCGGCGCGCUCGCCGCCGUCAAGGUCCACCGCAGCAGCGAGCGCCUCCACCGCGUCUUCCGCCAGGAGCUCGACACGCUCCUCCGCGUCCGCCACCCGCACAUCGUGCGCCUCCUCGGCUUCUGCGACCAGCAAGACGAAGGAGUGCUUGUGCUGGAGUUCGCGGCGAACGGGAACCUGCACGAGAAGCUGCACGGCGGGGGCAAGUCCGGUGGCGCGCUUCCCUGGGCGCGGCGGGUGACCGCGGCGCUGCAGGUGGCGCAGGCGCUGGAGUACCUGCACGAGCACUGCGAGCCGCAGGUGGUGCACGGCGACGUGAAGGCGGCCAACGUGCUGCUGGACGGCGCCAUGAGCGCCAAGCUCUGCGACUUCGGGUCGGCGCGGAUGGGUUUCUCCGCCGCCGUCCGCCCGCGGGCGUCGGCGCACACCAUGCUGGGGUCCCCGGGGUACGUGGACCCGCACUACAUCCGGUCGGGGGUGGUGACCAAGAAGACGGACGUGUACAGCUUCGGGGUGCUGCUCCUGGAGCUGCUCACGGGCGUCGAAGCCUUCUGCCCCGUCGAGGGCCGCCUCCUCACCGCCGUCCUCGCGCCGAGGCUCAAGCAGCCCUGCGACGCAAGGAUGCUCGUCGACGAGCGGCUCGGGAGCGCGUACGACGCCGCCGAGGCGUCAGCGGUGGCGGCGCUCGCCGCGUCGUGCGUCGGGCACAACCCCAGCCUCCGGCCGUCCAUGGCGGACGUGGUGCGCACGCUGGAGCAGAGCGCUCAGGGUUCCAUCCUCGCCGUCGGGAACGGCCACGGCAAGCUGUGA